UGCAAUGAUAAAGUGACGAGAAAAAAGAGAAAAGAGAAGGGAACGUGCUGGGAAAAGAUCAACAGUUUAUCGAAAACACACCGUAGAUGUGAAAGCUCAACGUGAGAGCGAAUCGGGAGAAGAAAGUGUGUUUCGAAAAAAAACUUUUAUAUUUUUAUUCACGUUUCUCGCGAGAGACAUACUCGCCGCAGUCAUAACAAUUUAGUGCGAUAUCGCUUAUACGUUUGUAUCUCAGCAACCGAAAACAUGUCCAAUAAAUACGAGACUACUUACAGAUUAAAGGCUACUGAGGACAGUACAGUUGAAGACGAGGAGUCUCAAUCAAAGGAUAAUCAAAAGGUCGAAAAAGGUCCACCACCUCCAAUAGAAAUAAAUCCAAAUGAGCAUAAAUUACAAUAUGCUUACGCACUCUGGUACAGUCGACGUAGUGGCCUUGGCAAACAAACUAGCAUACAAAGUUAUGUUCAAAAUUUAAAGCUGGUUGGUAGGUUUGCAAGCGUAGAACAGUUCUGGGGUCUUUAUAGUCAUUUAGUACGACCAUCAGAACUUACAGUGCAUACAGAUUUUCAUCUUUUCAAAGUUGGUAUAAAACCCAUAUGGGAGGAUGAAGCAAAUCAAAAAGGUGGUAAAUGGAUAGUAAGAUUACGAAAGGGUUUAGUAUCUAGAUGUUGGGAAAAUCUUAUAUUGGCAAUGUUAGGUGAGCAAUUUAUGGUAGGAGAGGAAAUUUGUGGUGCGGUUGUAUCUAUAAGAUUUCAGGAGGACGUAAUAUGUGUAUGGAAUAAAACAGCAUCGGAUGUAGCAACAACAGCACGAAUUAGAGAUACAUUAAGAAGAGUAUUACAUCUUCCAGCUAGUGCCUCUAUGGAGUACAAAACUCACAAUGACAGUAUGAAGAGUGUACAUCGGCUUUAAAGUUAUAUAAUUUUGAGACCGAGACAUAUUACGAGCCUUCUGACAAAAACUUAAGGUAAGUUAAAUAAUUUGAUAUAAAGCAGUAUCAAAAAAGUCUUAAAGAUCUUUCGUUAUCUAAUCAUUGUUAUGGUUUUCAAAGAUGUAUCAGUUUCAUACCUCCCAGGAGAUUGCACAUCUAUUUGACAGAAAAUAAAUAAGACGUGAAAAUUUUGAAACAUCCAUUUGAUGAUACACUUUAUUCACAAGUGUCUCUAUGUUGUAACUUAUGUAAAUAAUUCACAUUGAUAAGAAAUAAAUAAAUACCCUUAUUUCCAAGACGUGUAAUAUAAAAAAAAAUUUUUAUGUUUUGUCUAUCCAAUUUUGCAUAAACAUAUUUCUCACACAAACCGAUUAUGCCUCUUUCACAAAAUUGAUCUCCAAGAUCUCUAUAUAUAUAUAUAAAAUUAUAAAAACCAAAUACAAAAAAAAAAAA